AUGGCUCCAGGCUCUGCGGUUGCCGGGCAAACCUUCGUCUCCAAACGCCAACUUCCAGGAGUCACUGAUUCGAUUGGGGCAUCCAUUCUUUCAGUUCUCACCACCGCUAUUCCCCCGGACUCUGUCUCUAUAGCUAUCAGUAACCCAGACUUCUUUUCAUCCACUUAUGCCGUAACAACUACGACAGAGACAAGAGCGUCGAGUUUUCCGUAUACCUCUACCCCCACACGCACAGCUUCAGGUGUCGUAUUAGCAACAUCGCCUUCAGUGCCAUCAUCUGCUCCUUCGACUGGAUCUCGCAACCCUCUUUCGACGAGUGCUAAAAUUGGCAUUGGAAUUGGAAUCUCUGCAUUUGCCUGGAUAGUAAUUGCUAUGGUCGGUUGCUUCAUACUUGGUAGGAGGAAAGGGCGUAGGGAUACUGUUCCAGCCCAACAUAUGGAUCUUCCUGAGUAUGUUAGACCGAGCAUAGCAAACACACUAGGGAUUGAGGAUCAGCAUCUGCACUACAGACAAGACAAUUCACCCCAAUACCCAGAAAUUAUGGCAGUGAGAGGGGCACUGGAGAGAAAGAGCGAUUCCCCAGGGACCUGGCGUACCAACUACCGCAUCUGGAGAUGA